AUGAAAUCUAAAAUCGAUUCUCAAUAAGAAGAAUCAAAUACGGACAAUGACUUUUCCGAAAUGUCUGAUACUCAAAUUAGAAGAAGAGGUCCAGCUCCCAAAAAAGUUGUUACUAAAAAUAAACUGCCCAAUUUAGAAAGAAAUAUCCCUAUAAUUAUCAAGAAUAAUAACUUUGUAGUAAGAACGAUUUGGACCAUUGUUAUGAUUUUGGGGUUUAUGGCUGUCUUAUGGGCAGGCCAUAUUUAUAUCAUUGGAUUGGUUUUGCUAACUAAUAUUGGAAUAUUUAAGGAAAUUUUGGGAUUGAAAAGAAAUUAUGAGAAAGAGGUGAAUGUCAAGUAUUCGCCCAUAAUCAAUUGGUACUUCUUUGGAAUAGCCACAUUUUUUUGUUAUGGAAAACUCUUUUAAUCUAAAUUAUCAGAAUACGCAUUUAGAAUGCAUAUACUGUCAUAUAUUUUGAAUUAUCAUAAUAUUAUAACAUUUAUGUUAUGGGUAGCAGGAUUUCUGAUGUUCACACUAUCACUUAAAAAAGGAUAUUAUAGGUAUCAAUUUAGAAUGUUUGGAUGGACUCACAUUACUUUAAUCCUUGUAGUCGCUCAAAGUUCAGUCAUGAUCAUGAAUAUAUUUGAAGGCAUUGUUUGGUUUAUAUUGCCAUGUUCUUUGGUCAUCACAAAUGAUAUAUUUGCAUACAUUUUUGGAGUAUCAUUUGGAAGGACCCCUUUAAUUGAAUUAUCACCAAAGAAAACAUGGGAAGGCUUUAUCGGAGGCUGUUUUUCAACAUUAGUUGCAUCCUUUUGUUUUGCUUACUUUUUAUAAGGCAGUCAGUAUUUGACAUGUCCAUAACACUAGCUGCCCUUUUCUCCCUUCGCCUCAUUAACAUGUGAAAUACCAAGUGUUUUUAUAACUACUUAAAGGUUUUUGCCUUUUUCAAUAUUUGGAAUUGAUUCAAUUUAUUAUAGUGAUUUCUAACUUCAUGCAAUGGUGUUUAGUUUAUUUACAAGUUUGGUUUCACCAUUUGGUGGGUUCUUUGCAUCUGGUUUUAAGAGAGGUAUUAAAAUCAAGGACUUUGGUGAUACUAUCCCAGGACAUGGAGGAAUUACUGAUAGAAUGGAUUGCUAAAUACUAACAGGAAUGUUUUCUUAUUUAUAUUUGCAUCAAAUUGUGUUACCAAAGGCAGUAACGUUAGGGACAGUACUCGGUUAUGUUUCCUAAUUAUCCUCUAAUGAGUAACAAGAAUUAUUUGAGCAGCUCAAAUAGACAUUAUCGAUUGUUCAAUGA